AUGGCCUCUGCCUCUUGCCUUGGCUUAGUGGUGCUCGUGGCAAUGGCCUCGGCGGCGUCGGCGCAGCUGUCGUCGACGUUCUACGACACGUCUUGCCCCAACGCGCUGGCCACCAUCAAGGCCGGCGUGACGGCCGCCGUGCAAAACGAGGCCCGCAUGGGGGCGUCGCUGGUGCGGCUGCACUUCCACGACUGCUUCGUCGAUGGAUGUGACGGGUCCGUUCUAUUGGCGGACACGGGGAGCUUCAUCGGCGAGCAGGGGGCAGCCCCGAACAACAAUUCCAUUCGAGGCAUGAACGUCAUCGACAACAUCAAGACCCAGGUGGAGGCCGUGUGCAAGCAGACCGUCUCCUGCGCCGACAUCCUCGCCGUCGCUGCCCGUGACUCCGUCGUCGCGCUGGGUGGGCCGACAUGGACAGUUCUUCUCGGGAGGAGGGACUCCACCACUGCAAGCAAGACUAACGCGGAAAAUGACCUGCCACCUCCUACCUUCGACCUCCAAAACCUCACCACCUUGUUCGGCAACAAGCAGCUCAGCAUGACAGACAUGGUCGCGCUCUCAGGCGCCCACACGAUCGGGCAAUCGCAGUGCCGGUUCUUCAGGGACAGGAUCUACAACGAGACCAACAUCGACACUGCCUUCGCGACAUCUCUCAGAGCCAACUGCCCCCGGUCCGGCGGCGAUAACAGCCUGGCGCCGCUGGACACUGGCACGCCCAACGGGUUCGACAACGCCUACUACACCAACCUCAUGUCCCAAAAGGGGCUGCUGCACUCGGACCAGGUGCUGUUCAACGGAGGCGGCGCCGACAACACGGUCAGGAGCUUCUCGUCCAGCGCCGCGACGUUCAACAGCGCCUUCACGACGGCCAUGAUAAACAUGGGGAACAUCGCGCCCAAGACAGGGACGCAGGGGCAGAUCAGGCUCGUCUGCUCCAAGGUCAACUCGUAA